UGUAAAUAGGUUAAGAUAAUUUCACUUGACAUGGCAUCAAAAACGAAAACUAUGGCUGGAACACAUUUUCUUGCAUUUCUUACUGUCUUUAAUUUUGCUGCCUUGGUUUGUGUCACUAUAUAUCAUAUACAUUAUGAAAAUACCAAUCAGGAUAUCUCAUUUGGCAAUGUUGUUGGUGAAGUAAAGGACGAAGUUAAACAAUUGUUACAUCCAAAAAGUAAACGUAGCAUUAAUAAAAGCUCUAAACAAACUGAUAUCCACACUAUUGUAGAGGACGUCAUCAGAGAACGGGAAAAGAAAAUUUUGGACGAAUGUGUGAAGGCAUCUCAACAAGAAGUGUAUAAAAUACUUCAAGAUGCAGCUGUAUACCUAAAGUCCGCCACUACCAGUGAGAAUGUUCACAAACGCCAGGCUGUCAACACUACUGGGAAUGAACUCGCCUCUAUAUUUGGAGAAAUUGCUAAAACAGAGGUUGAUAUUUUGACAAGAUAUUGCGGUAACAACAGUAAAAUAUGCUUACCAGGUAU